CAGAGAUCGAUUCGAGAGGCAUACUGUCACAGACACAGGAGUAGCACACACAGAUCUGGCGCGGCAGCGAGGGGCGGAGAAGUUAGGAUGACGGGGAGAAUCCGGUUCACCCACGCGGAGGUCGCCAAGAUGUUGGAGGUCCUCCGUGACCUCAACGCCAUGCCCAAGCGUCCCAUCAUCCAGGGACUCACCGACGACUUCAACGCCUCCCCGGACCGCUCCGGCGACGGCCAGGUCCCCGUCCAGUACAGUCAGGUGCACACCUGGUUCCAGAACCGGAGGUACACGCAGAAACGGAGGGGUGAGCGGCCGCCGGCACAAGGGAAGAUGCUGCCCACGGGGGCUGAGGCACAGCACCCAGCUUCCUACAGGGUUCAGUCCUCUUGCCCUUCCAACUCCGAAUCACAGUCAGGGAAUGCCUCUUCGGAUUGUGGCCUGGUCCAGCUUGAAGCAAAGUCACCAACAAAUGGUGCAUGGUUCGAUGUUGCUGCCAUCCUGUCCUACAGAUUUUCUGAAACCGGGGACCAGGAAAUACAAGUUUGGUUUUCUGGAUUUGGGGCUGAGGAGGAAGAAUGGAUUAAUGUUUGUAAAUCUGUGAGACUGCGUUCUCUCCCAUGUAUAGACACAGAAUGUGUUGGUGUGCUUCCUGGGGAUCUUAUUCUUUGUUAUCAGGAAAGAAAAGAGCAGGCCCUCUAUUUUGAUGCUCAUGUUCUUGAAGUAGAAAGGCGCACACAUGAUUUAAGGGGUUGCCGCUGCAGUUUUCUUGUUCGUUAUGAUCAUGAUCACUCCGAGGAGAUGGUUCCACUGAGGAAAGUAUGUCGUCGACCAUCUGCUGAUGUUAAGAUUGAUAUUGUAAUUGAUGAUAGCCUAGCUGAGCCGAAAGCUCAAAAGUCGCACAAGAGGAUGGAUACGAACCCUGAUGAGGUCACCGUGGUUCCUGGCCCACCAAAUCAAGGAGGGCGAUCCAACAAGCUGGCUGCUCCCUUACUUAUCACGCCUGAUAGCACCCACAGAGAUUCAGUAGCAGAUGAGCAGAUUGGGGAUAUCGAGGCUGCUUCAAAAGGUGAAGCUACAAGCAAAGCACAUGGUGACAAGAUGAACGUCGGAGCAUAGUUGUUUCGCUUCCCUGUGCAUUUCUUUCUGAACUUUUAGUACAAAAAUGUUGGUCUAUGAACCUCCAAUGAGGAAGGAUGGUUGCCCGGUAACUAUAGUGUGCUGAUGUUGACUUGAUUGGUGUUGUGGUGUACUUCCAAAAUCUGUUGGCUUUGGUAUCUAUAUCUAU